AUGAUACUCCUCGGUGCAACAUUCUACACUGUAGCGUCUCUGCUGCUCUUCCGUCUGGUCUUGGGCCGUCAUCUACCCAGUGUUGGAGCAACAACCCCUACGUUCCUUACUAUAGAUGAGUACGACGAACUAUUGCAGAGUCAAGGUUUGCUGGACGUAACAGACACGGGCGACGAUGUCGAAUCGAGAUAUGACAUCGUAGAAGAGAUGGGUGACGAAGUCGACUCGAUAUACGAUGCUGGUGUCACCGCUGAUGUCCCUGUCGAUGUUUACUGCAACUUCCACGAUGACAAUAACGGCUUAUGUGUCUCCAAAGAACUGGGAGGUGACUUUACUGACAUUUUCAUGUACAACUCGACCGGCUCAAGUGAGAGUGUGAUUACCCGAAGUUGCGAAGUGGCAACCUAUCCGUCUAUCGCCACCCAGGUCCGCACGAACAAGAUGAAGAGUCCACACUCAGCCAGUGCUCUAGACAAGCUCAAGAACAAGCUCGGCAAGGCGGUCGAUAAGAUUCGUUUCAGCGUUGUUGAGGCUCCCCAUGAUAUCCAUCUCAUAGUGCUGUCUUGUGAUAUCGAUCAGCCUACCAUCGAUUUCACUACUUCUAUUCUCUACCAAAGCGAUACUCCCAAAGACCGUCGUCCGAUUUCCUUCGACCUUGUUUUCAGAGGUACGGUUGAGGACCAGCAAAGGAAGUACACUUUCGAGAGAAUCCACGCCCGAGACUUCCCGUAUCAAGAGCACACCUCCUACAAGAGUACUGAUCCGAGAUAUCUAGCACGCUUUUCAUCGCGUGAAUCAAUGCGUCGGAAACGUUCUUGGUACAAUUUUUUCGAUGGCGACAAACGAAUAACAAUGAAGGUCGCCUCGAAGGUCUCUACUGCAACCGAGCACUACACUUCGUAUUCUUGGAACUCCUCAGAGUACGGCCGCGGCACUGCUUUUACGUUCGCUCUACCUUCAUAUUCGAGGAAGAGACUCUCUGAGAAGAAAUUCCUGAGAGCUAUGGCGGCAUACUAUCGUGGAAAGUGGACUGUCCUGCGUUCAUAUUGA